AUGACCACGGGCGACCAUCCGAAUAAGGAACACCCGCAUCCGGCGUCUGCCAGCGGCGUCCCCCUGAUUUUCUCCCGAGAACAGCCCUCACCCCAUAAACAGACAAACUCGUUGAUUCCAAACGCCCACAAUCUGACAUCGAGCAACGAAAAGGGCCCUUCUGUUCCUACUGCAGUGUCUGUCAAUAUUGCCACUCGAAAAACCGACAGCUCCUCUGAAGUGCCCAAAACGCCGCUGACGGAACAACCGCUGGGGUCAGGUCAUUAUACUUCUGGCGAGCAACUUGCGGCGCAAAUCUCGCCGCGUAGUGUGCCACAUUAUGAUCAAAACAAACCACAGGCGGCUAAAAGCCUGGCCCCUGAGUCUCGCGCCAACAUUGGAUUUCCUCUUUACGAGCCUACGACGCUAGCUGCGCCCGCGCCAACAAAAGCGCACUCGGCACAAGCGCCCCAGCUGCACGGGGUUUUGCAGCCUCACGAAAAGGCUGGCGCCACCACGAAAGAAACGACACGCCCUGCAGCGCAGAAGCCACAGCAUCAGACGACACCACAGCAUCAGGCGACAUCGACCCAGCAUGACAAUUUGCAACAUGCUCCGGCCGCAGAGCCGGUGAUGCAGCGCCCGGUGCCGGCGCCGAUCUCAACUUCGCAUGCGGCAGUGCCGGCGGCUGCGGGCCAGUCUGCAGCCUCACCUGCUCUGAAUGCCCCGCUGCGUAGUCAGUCUGUGUCGUUUUGCGACACCGAGGCUCUGGCGCGUAGCCGCCGCUUCACUAUUUCGGCGCAACCAUCUUCAGCUAAUAUUGCCACGCAACGGCCAAACUCCAACGUUGCGCUCCCCACACGAAAAAGCUCAGCCGAAACGGGCCUCACGCGCACGGGUUCUAUGCUUGCCUUUGCGGCGUCAAGCGUCCAUGGGGUGCGUGACGCCGCGGCCAGGGACGCAUCUGCGCAGCGCAUUACGCCUUCGCCUCCCGUAUCUCGUCCACCAUCUUCCAUGCGGCUCGCAUCACCUUCUGCUCCUUCUGUGACAGUAGCUGCACCCGAAUCUGCGCCUGUGCCUAUUCGCCAAAAUUCGCUUCUGCGCCGCGAAGCCAACAAGAGGUCUAACAAAACCAUUGUUUCAUCGCCUGUGGGCCCCCCUGUACCAUUCCAGGAGUUCUUAUCUAAGGAGGAUGACAAUAAGUUUCACAUUUUACUAGCCUGCACUGGAAGCGUGGCCACAAUCAAGGUGCCUUUGAUUAUCAAUAAACUUUUUCAGAUUUUUGGCCCGAGCAAAAUCUCAGUGCAACUAGUUGUGACCAAGGCUGCAUGUCAUUUCCUCAAGGGCUUGAAAAUACAUAAAGACGUGAAGAUUUGGCGUGACGAAGACGAAUGGGCCAACUUUACAGAAUGGAGUGACAAUGCGAAGACAACAACUGCUUCGACGGUCGACACCACGAGUAUGAAAAAACCAAAGAAUCAGUACGACAAAUUGAUUUUGCACAACGAAUUGCGUAAAUGGGCUGACAUCAUGCUCAUCGCACCUUUGAGCGCAAAUACACUCGCAAAAUUGGCCAAUGGCAUUUCUGACAACUUGUUGACUUCUAUUGUUCGAAGCUGGGGUCCUAUGUGCGGACUUGGACCUUCGAGCCAACAGGUGCCAAAGAAACCAAUUUUGGUUGCUCCUGCUAUGAACACAUUUAUGUACACUAAUCCUUUGACUGCGAAGCAUUUGAAGUUAUUGGCGUCCCCUGAGGAAGGUUUUGACAUGGUGGUUCUCAAACCCGUGGAGAAGGUUCUAGUUUGUGGUGAUAUAGGUAUGGGAGGUAUGCGCGAGUGGCUGGACAUAGUGGAGGUUCUCAGGCGUCACAUUAAGACUCUCAUUGCUGACAAAGAUGGAGACCUUAACGAACAAGAAGAUGAAGAUGAAGAAAAAGAGGAAAAUGAUGACGAUGAUGAUGAUGAUGAUGAUGAUGAUGAUGACGACGAUGAAGAUGAUGAUGAUGAUGACGACGAUGAAGAUGAAGAAGAUGAUGACGACGAAAAUGACGACGAAGAUAGGGACGACGACAAAGACAAAGCUGAAAACAAGGCCAAGUUGGGGAAGUCAGGGAAGAAUGGAUCAGGCUCAAAGAAAAAUAGCGAUAAGGACGAGCUAAUUUUCGAUUUUAUCGAGUCGCCGAGCCUGCUACAACGUACAAUGAGUCCAGUCAGUUUGGAAGCACAAUCCAUUAUCUGA